AUGAAAGCUAAUAUCGACCUCGAGGCUCCUGGAGCCAGCCCAGUGGAUGGUAGCUCGUGGAGCUCAACUCCAGAAAGUCAUGAGGCCUGCACUGGAUAUCAUUCGCAUGGACAAGGGGCCCCUGUGUAUUCCUACGGAUGUUAUAAUUUUGGGAAGGUCAGAAGGUUGGCGUGCACCAAACCUUCUACCCAAGACCCAGAGCAGACCUGUCAGCUUGCACAUAACUUGGACACUGAACAAUACAAACCACUGGAGCUGGAAUCAAAAGUUAGAAAUGGCGACGAGAAAGGGGUUGAUAAGUUGCUGUCCAAUCCAAACUUGAAGAGAAAGGCAUCUGACUCCAGUGAUGAAGCUAGAGAGAGAGAGUUCCAAUCUGUAGCUAAGGUUGAGCUGGAAGUUGCUGCAAUUCUUGAAGCUGUUCACAGGAUGGAGGCAGCUGUUGAAAGACAAAGCAGAAUUCUUGUGGAGGUCUGUAACACAAUUGAAAACAACGGGAUGUAA